CAAUGACGGUCGCAGUUCGAAGUUAAAAAAAUACAUUUCAAUUUCCUCAAAUACUUUCAUAGUUUUAGCUUUAAACAACAUCUAAAGGUCUGAAUUGUGAAGAUUUAAUAUUCUAAUUAAUUUUUCUUCAAAAUGACGGAGUUAUUUACUCACUACGAGCAACAGUUCGGAAAUAUCAGCGCUGAAAUCACGGCGAAAAUUUGCAAGAUUCCGAACCUUCACGGAUGUGAGUUUAAUUGUGAAUUUGACAAUUUGUUGAAAUUGACUCGUGUUGUAGCUUCUUUUAAACUUAAAACAGCGUUAUUUUAUUUUUUCCUUUAGCAUCGAAGAAGGGUGCAGUCAGCGACGUCGAACGAUGCUUUGAUGAAGCUCGUGAAUUGGUAAGAAACGAAAGAGUAAUGAUUUCAAGAUUGAAAGAUAUUAUUGUGUUUGUGUAUGCGUCUUAUUCCCUUUACAUCUGUAAGAUUCGAUAAACAUUUAAUUUUGACAGCCGUCUUUUAUCCACACAAUGGUUUGGCUCGUUAGCUCUUUAAGAUUGCUCAAAACUCUCAGUAUCAUUAUUAAAGUUUAUUCAGAUGUCAAUUUGAUAAAAAUCUAAAAAACUCUGAAAACACGGUUUCUUUUUGUCACUACGAUUGUUCUUUCCUUCUCUUAAAUCUUAGUAGAUAAAUAUAUUUGGCAUUUCAUUUUUAAUAAAGUAACGCUUCCCCCAAGAACGAUAGAAAACUCAACAACGCAGCAGGAUCUAGACGGUAGUGUGUUUCCAAUUAACGUAUUAAAAUCCAGCUCUGUGAUUGGCUAGAAAACGAAAAAGGCUAAAAACUGAUAGUAAAAUAUUGAAAAUUUCCUUGAAAUUCUAAGGUUCCAUAUAUGGAAUUUGGCUAUUGUUUCGUAUAUGUAAAUUUAAAGAGACUCUUAUGUGGGGUUAAGCGAGGCCCUGCCAAGGUAAAUUCUGACAAGCGACAUGGCCCAAAAAGUAGCGACAGUGCGUAAAAUGAAAUCGCGACAAGAGACAACCUCCCUCGGCUAAAUUGCAACGGUGACGGCAAAGCCAACAAUAAGCGACAAGCAUUAUUUUAUAACAGUACCGACACGAGACGUUUUAAAAUUCAGAUGGGCGACAUGGGACCCCCCCUUGGCAGGGCCUCUUAAUAACCAUAGUUAUGGCCCAUCUUGACCUUUUCACUGAGUAUCCAUCAUUUUCUUUUGUUAUCUCAGCCAGAAAUCAGUGGUUAUUCCUAGCCCUUUUUUAAUUGUAAAUUUUAUGUAUCUUUUUUCUAAAAUUGAUAGUACGUUAAUAUAUUAUGCCUUUUGUGACUGUAUGCCAAAUUAUUUUCACUUUGAAGGCAUUUUAGUGAUCCACGUGCAUCAUACUCAUGAACCUGUCAAAAAAUGAUGAAAGAAAAGUAAAAUAUUGUUCCCUGGACUGUUAUCAGAGAAAAUGCGCAGUUCCUACAUACGAUUUUUUUCCCUUUUUGUAUCUGCAAAGAUUAAUAGAAAAUAAAUACAGUAAGCAAAAUCUCAGCAAAAUUAUUGGGCUUUAAUAAAUAGAAUUUUCUUCAAACAAUUUGAAUUUCAUGCCAAGUGGCCUUUUAACCAAUGAGAAGGCUCAUCUGAGGCUUUAAUAUUCACAUGUUGGCUCACCAUAGGAAAAAACGGCCAUCAUUGCCGUGGCCUAUUGUUUUUCACCAUAGGUUUUAUGCAAAGCGUUCCUUAAUUUUUUUAUUCAGUUUUCCCUUCAAAAUGACUAUUUAUCAGAGUAUUAGAUCUUGAUCUAUUUUUCUACAAAGUUUUAGCUUGCAUUGUUUAUCUUGGCACAUGUAGGUGUUUUACUUCCUUAUUAUCUAACUCCCAACUUUUGCCAAGUCGCGUGCUUGAGAGUUUUGUAUCCAUAUUACCUGACUGUCUGAAAAAAUAUGAACCUUGCCGAUGAUGUUCUGAUGACUUCCAAAAUUUAGCAAAGAUUCCCAGAUUUCCGAGGGUCACCAAACUGUAGUGGGGGCGCCAAACAAGUCUUGGUGCAAUCUUGCUUAGAUCACGCAUAUCUUGGCAAGAUUACCAAGGAAAGGUAUUGUGACAUCGUCCUGAGAUCACCUUUAUACCUGAGAUUGUGCAUAACAUAUUUGUUGGUAUUUUUUGGAAUAAAAUAUUAAUUGUGCCUUAUUCAUGUGAAACUGUCCUAUAUUCAUGAGAUCAAAGUUUUUUAUCCUUAGGCAUAUAACACACACAUAAUAGGUGUGAGUUGGCAGGUAUGUAUUUUACUCAAAAAGUCGUCCUUCCCUGAAUAUCAUUAGACACUGUGAUUUUUCUUUUCUAGAUAGAACAAAUGGAGUUGGAAGUUAGAGAAGUUACAGGUGAAGAGAAAGCAAGAUUAAAUAACAGACUCAAAGCCUACAAAAAUGAAAUGCAGAGAUUUGAGCAAGACUUGGUAAGCAGCCAAAUAAAAAUACAUGUUUAUGGCCUGAGUAGGUGCACCUCUUAAAUUAGCUUUUUGCGGGCUCCUCUUGUCGCCCGCAAUCCUAAUCUCCAGGUUGUUAUUAUGAAUGCUUCGCAUGUAUGUAGCCAGCAUUCGUUUGGACUUCCACUAAGAAUGAAUGGAAUGCACAGAACUUAAUGUGAUCACGCGCAUUUGGACCUUCUGUCAUUCAUAAUAUGAUCAUGCGUGUUUUGACCAUCUGUCACGUGAAACUUACACAAAGCACGUCGAUUGACCACACUCCAUAACCUUUGGUUAUUACUAACCUAGUAUGUAGUUACCAUCUUUGAUUUUGAAAGGAGAAGUUCAAUUGGGUUCAGAAAAUGAUUAGUUUUGAUGAGGCUCUCUUAAGUGGAGUGCAGAUGUCCAGUGAAUUUCAAACCCAAGUGGAAAAACAUGCAACAAACAUGCGAGUAGAAAAUUGUAAACAAAGGCACAAUGCAGGGCAGUGUUAAUGGAUCAUAUCUUUUAAAUUUGUUCCUUAACGACUUAGAAAUAGAUGAGCAUGACGAUAUAGCUUUAUUUAAAUAUACUGACGAUACUACCGUCUUAGUAUUAUAUGCUCACUAGAGGUUUAUCUGAUCGAUCUGACUUUGCCUUUGCCAAAUGUGUGGACUAGAUGUUUGCAAAUGGCAUAUGGAUGCAAGUAGUAAAUGCAACGAAUUACUCUUGCAUAAGAAAGGGAACCCAACAGCUUAUCCAGUGUUACAUAAUAUCAAGCAAUAUAAUUAUCCCCUUGUUGAGAGUUACAAUACGAAGUAAUUGUACAUGUAAGUUUAGUUUGCAUGUUAAAGCCAAACUUAAUGAAGCCAACAAAUGUUUAUAAAAUUAAUAUAACUUGAAGUCUGUGCAAGGAAGGAUAUACACAAGGAGAAAAUGACCUUCUUUUUAAUGCGAUUGUGCUGCCUAAAUUUAUUUGAUGUAUGGCCUUUCAUUUUACGCGGCUAGCAUUGCAGACCUCACCUCUGUGCAAAGCUUUUUAACAAGAUGUCACAAGAGACGCUAUAUGUCUGUUAGUUAUAACAUCAAUAACUUAUUGGAAAAAAGUGACCACCAUCUCUUUUUUGAACUGAAAGAUUGCGACCGUCCAUUAAAUAAUCUCCUCCCCUGGUAUAAGGACUCAUCAGAGCGACUUAGAAGAAAUAGAUCCAUUGUAACUGAGACCCAGUGUAAAUACUGAGCGUUUUAAAAAUAGCUUUUUUAACAGAUUAGUAUUUAAGUGUAACUUACAUAGCCGUAUAGAUUUUCAAUUUUCGUAUUUGACUUAAUUUACUUGUAUAAAUGUCUUAAACUAGGUUUUUAAUUUUUUUUUCUUUAUUUGGAUACAACUUUGUACUUUGCGAUUUAUUGUUUCUUGACAUUUCAAUGUAACCUCUGAUAUGUAUUUUUCUCCAUUGAAUAUAGACUUAUUUCAUAGGAAAAUAGAGGAAAAAUAGCACCAAAAGAAAUCUCUAGGGUAGCUGUUUUAUUCCCCACCUACUUGUUGUAUUUGCCUGGCAACUUGAAAUCUUAGCGACUUCCCUGUUGGGGGUUGGAAGUUUUCGCUAUUAAAAGCUCUUUUAUCAGUCUGCUACUCAUUUCAUAGAAAGCAGUCCAGUAAAACUAAUUAGGGGAUGCCUCUCAAUUUUCUCUUUCACUUCUACAGAAAAAAGCCAGAGUAGCUUUCUCUGACCAGGAAGGCAGAAAUGAAUUGCUUGGAGGCGAAGAUUCACAGUACAGUUCUGAAGAUCAGGUAAUUUUUUAUCCCAGAAUGAUAUUUAAUCAUUUUACUUCCAAAGGUAGCCUCAGCCACAAAGAUAUUGUCGUCAAUUUCAGCUGGAUGUUUAUUUCUAUUUAUUUUGUUCCAUCAUUCAGGUUAAACCCAUAAUGAUUAUAAACAUUUUUUUUAAUACAUCUGCAUUCAUUUUCAAGAGAGCAAGAUUAUUAGACAACACUGAAAGAUUGGAGAGGUCUGGAAGGCAACUGGAGGAAGGUUAUAAGAUGUGUGUAGAGACAGGUGAGACUUACGAUAUAAUACUGUAAAUCCUCUAUUAAGCCCCCCAGGGGGGCUUAUUUAUUUCAAGCCCAUUUGGGGGUGGGGGGGGGGGCUUAAAAGAAACAGGGUGCUUAUUUGAGAGGGGGGGCUCAUUAACUUGAGAAACGACGAUUGUAUCAGUUCGCCAUAAAGAACUAGAAUACAAAGUGGAAAAGCUCAAGUACAAGAAGUUUUAGGUCAUACCACCAAGGAUCAGUUGGUAAAUAAACCAUCAGUCCACACGAAGUUUUACAGUAUUGAUUAAUUAAUACAUUCUAUCAUUAAUUAGUGAAGAAUAAUUAGAGAAGGGGAGGAGAGGUGGGCUUAUUAAUUUUCUUCCCCUGAAAAGGGGGAUUAUUAGAGGGAGGGGUUUAUCAAGACGGGGGCUUAACAGAGGAUUUACGGGUUAUAGAUUUAACUAAGGCCAAAAGCAAAGCUCUUGUGGCCAGUGGGAUACUUUGAGAAAAGUCUUUCUGCUGUAAUUGGACUCCAAACUAGUAAGUUUGACAUUUCACAUCCGCUAACAUAAACGGGUGAACGUAUGUACGGACAAUUUUGUCACAAAAAAAAUUUCUAGGAUGCAUAGAUAACCAAAUUUUAUUGCCCAUGGUGCUCCGCUGCGUGCACUUUGCGCGGGCGAGAGCUCCGCUAAGAAACUGAUAAUAUGUUACAAGAGGCGUUGUCUCAAUUGUGGCGGGAUGUUUCGGAAUCGGCCGUGGGAUAACACUUCUUGGCCAAAAGACUUGACUGAAAUCAGAAACUGCACAUGAAAAUUCUCUGGCACUCUUCGUGAAUAUGCUUGUUACAACCUGACGUUUGGUUGUGAUCUCAUUCGCUCAGAAGCCCUUUAAGCUAAUUAAUCCAGGCUGACCACAUGAUUGCAGUGAUAGACCUCGCCUGAUAAAUUGUUCUCCUGUGUUGAUACCAGGGUAGUCAAAUUUUGAAAAAAUGCUGUUAAUUUGAGUGCAUCUCUUUCCCUUUCAGAACAAAUAGGAGUCGAUAUUAUGAAUAAUUUACAUAGGGACCGAGAAGUCAUGGAGCGUGCAAGAGAAAGAGUACGUAUAUGAAGUAUCUUUACAGAUAAAAUAGGAGCGAGGUUUUUUAGAGGUUUUUAGUUCUAAGAAUAGGGUCUUGGUGGGAUUAAUCAUGACCCAUAUAACGAUCAUAAAUUUAGUCGUACGUCAUCAUGGAAGCUGUUAUGCACCCCAGGGGGAAGGGAUACUCCCGUUAAUGGCCUAAACGGAAAGGACCAGCCUAGAAGUGGUACCUUUUUCAGGUUUCAGGUAUAUGAAAAGUUCGGGACUUCACUUGUUGAAGUAUAUGAAAGGGUAGGAAGAUCUGUCAAGAACACCAAAACAAACCUUUGUAAAAAUGUGUAACUUAGCAAGUAAUAUAACAGGUUUAGAGUUUUUUUUUUAACCUUGCCAUUGACUUUUAUUGUAACUAUUUCGUAAUAACUGUGUCCUUGGCGUGGGCUGCAAGGUGAUUAUUACUGAAAUGGUACCUACCUACCUCGUUUCCUCCAUACCACCCCCCUCCCCUUCGUAGACUCAACUCCGUCCCCCAAGCCGAAGGAAAACAGCGGAAAGAGAGUGUGCUCACAGACUAUGGUAACAAUGUUUCAGAGCACACAUUUUUUCCACGCAGUCAGCAAAAAACUUUUGUAACCCUUUGGCAGUUACGGUACCAGUCCACCUAGUCAAAUACGAACCCACUCGAUCAAAAAUCAGCCUUUGGGUCUGGUGUUUAAACAUAUUUUGGUCUUUUUAGACUCGAGGAACCGACAAGAAUCUAACUAAAAGCUCUCGGAUUUUAACUGGAAUGAUGAGAAGGUAAUUAUAGAUAAAUUAGCAAAUAAAUACAAGUCUUCCUCUUCCGUCUUCUUCUUUUCUCCGAUUUUAAGCCCUUUUUUCCAUGUGCAGCAAACGUCUUUGACCCACUGUUCAGCAAACUGCUUUGCGUCAUUGUAGUUGCGAAACGAUCACUUUCGCAGCUUUUAGAGCUGCAGUUAACAGAGACAAAUUUACUACCAAACUGACUAUCAUUUCGCAGAUGAAUAAAAUCUAUCUUGAGAUUAAAUGAAUUUUUUGUACCAACAAGGUAACAUCAUUGUAGUGAAUACGUGGCACCAGGAGCCCGUAACCCAGAGCGAACGACUUCAAUGUUCUCGGGUCACAGCGUUUUUACCGACCAGUUUAUUUUUCAAUCGCUUUAGGGGCGAAUUUAGAAUACCUUUUGAACCCCACAAACCAGUCGGCAAAACCAAAAGACCUAAAAAUGGUAUUUUGAACUUUUAACCUAAUUUAACAAUUACUGAAUAAGGCUGAGUAUCUUAUGAAGAAUUGUGGAGAUCGAGGAGGAUGUUAUCCGUCGAGGCUGUAGGCCGAGGCGGAUAACAUCGUCCGAAAUCUCCAUAAUUCUUCAUAUGAUACGAAAGCCGAAUUCAAUAAUUGUUUUAUUAUUCAUUCAAAAUCAUUCCUAGUUUAAAAACAAAGCUAAAUUAUGCCUACCUCCAGCGAUGUUAACUGCACCUUCGAUAGUGCACGUUUAGGGUUGUUCAGCUGCGCAAAUAUUCGCCAAACAGCAGAUGUCGCCCUUCGAGUUGUGUUCUUGCUGUUCUUGCCAUGUUUUUAGCUAUAAUUUCGCCUAUUUCUAACUCUUGAAACGACUGAAAUGUCCGCCAUUUUUUGUUUUCACAACCAAAACAACUCAACCUCGUCCCCAGGUCUUCUCGGUAGCGGUGCAUUAACCUGCAAGAACGCUGCAUUUUUGACGUCAUUUCAUCAUUAUACACAAAAUUCUUCCAAAUUUGGUCAUCAGUAACUGGUUAUGGUGAAUUAUGCGUGAGCUUUUAAUGAACAAUAAUGACGUUUAGCUUUCCUUUUUCAUAUUUUAUACUUCGAAUGUUCUCACAGACAGAGCGGACUUUCUCACGGAAUCAAAGGGCUCUAAAAUGUUUCUAAAAAUAAACCGGUCUAUGCCAUGAAAUAAGCCUAGUAUGGGAGUCGCUCGCCCCGGGUUAUGGACUCCUAGUGGCACUAAUCAGCCUACCCACGAAUCUCUCGUCUACCAUGCACAAAUUAGGGAGUUUUAGCAACGGUAGCCUGUACACAGACGUUGUUUUAUUUUUCUUUUCGUUCUUUUCUCUUCUUCCCCACCCCUACCCGCUUGCGCUGUCGGUCAAUAAAUUCCCCGCGGUUUUUUAUUUUUUAUCAUGCGGGCUCGGUGGACUUUGAGGAGAAAAUAGAAGGUCUGCGAACAGGCUGUAGCAACGGCAACGAGGACGUCAAAAAAGCAGCAGGUUUACUUUAGCAAAACAACAAAUCUGCAGGUGCCACACUUUUUUAGUCAUUUCUUUGCCGUCACUGCACGACUAUGACGUGAAAAUGCCUAUUUUCACGUUUUAUGGAGGACAUAAACAAGCGACGACGAAUUUUUCUUCAAUUUCUCCUUCUAAACGUCAGUGCAGUCCCCACUGAAAUCAACUCCAGUAAAAUUCGCCUACAUUUGACAUUUUCAGCGAAUUAGAAUAAACGCGACAAAGAUCGAAAAAUCGCGAAAUCACUUAAAAGUGAUGUUUUUGCUGCCGACCGCGUCGUCGAUGCUAAAGCUCCCUGUUCGUUUAAAAACCGUUAUUGAGUCCGACCAGAAUGAGGCGCGUUAAUCAUUUAGGCACGCAAAGCAGUUUGGGUGAGCAUAGUGCAAUUCCGAUAAAUAAUAUCGUCACGUGACCACUCACGGAAGCUAUUGCCGUCCAUACCCUUCUAAUUUCAUCUGAAUGCUCUAAUUUUUGUUUUCAGGAUAAUCCAAAACAGAAUAAUAAUGGCCAUCAUAUGCCUUGCAAUACUUGGAGUUAUUGGACUUGUCAUAUAUUACGCUACGAAAUAAUAAUAUAUAAUGAAACCGAUGAUAUCUACUUGUAAUCAAGAUUAAUUGAUUUUAUAUGACUGAAUGUGUUAUGAUCGGUCAUCCUUUAGGAAUUUUUAUUUGCAGUCAGACUGUCCACUCUCGCUAUUAUAGUGAGACAAUUCGUAAGACUGGUUUACGCGUCCGGAGCAAGUCUAUGCACAAGAAAAUGGAACGAUUUAUCUUGUCUUGUGCUUGUGCUUAUGCCAUUGCGUGAGUUGUUGAUUCGCAUAACGCAUGCGUGAGUACAAACACAUGUUAGUUUGGUAAACACAUGUAAGUUUGGUUCACUGUGUGCUUAUAACGGAUCUAUUGGUGUACCAAACUAUCUUUUUAAAAGGAGAAAAUCAUCUAGGGUUCCUAAAAACAGUGAAAAUUCCAUAGAAAAUGAUUGUAAAUCUUAGAUCAUGGAAGUCACUGCCUUCCCAAAAGUAAACAUAAAAUAGCGAAGCAAGCUCUUACUCAACAUUUCUUUCUCGGAAAAGGGGUGAGGGAGGGGGUAGAGCAGUGAACAAUGAUGUUCAAUUCAGAUUUCGCCGAGAAAGCUUGUUAGCAGACAAGAAAUUUUUGCUCGUUCGUAGCACUAAAUAUCACUGGUAUCACUUGCAUAGUCAAUCAACUCGCCCAUUACAGAUUACUUCAUAUCAUUUACACCCAUAGAAAGGAUUCACUUUUACAGACAUUCCUUAGUAUCUGACAUUUAAAUCUUGUUAAUAUUUAAUUUAAUUUAAUUAAUUUUCCAAUAGUUGGUGAUGAGAACAAAAGAAUCAUUUCCAAUUAGGUAAACUUACAGGGCGGGUUAUUAUAGCAGAGUGUAGCCCGCCGGUGUUUAACAAACCACAAUGUAAGCCGUUUUCAAUGAGGCCUGGCACAGUAAUUUCGAGAAAAAAUAUACGUAGCCAAGUCUAACAAAAAAGAUUCAUUUGUCCAUUUAACACAACGCAUGGUUGUCGCAAACCGUGAUUUAAGUUUUACAGUCGACCCUCCCGUAACCGACCACCCAAAAUGCAAAGAGUUAGCAUUAGGGAGCUUAAGCAGCGACGUUUUUGAGCGACGCACGUCAACCGGAAGUGAGGUAUUUUCCCUCUUAACAUGCCUUGAUGAUAUAAAAUUUGUAUUCCUUAGCUUCUUUACUGUCAUAGAGGCGAUUUGACUGAAAAUUUGCGCGAAACCACCGUCAAAAAAUGAAAAAAGGCCACUUCCGGUUGACGUGCGUCGCUCAAAAACGUUGCUGCUUAAGCUCCGUAAUGGCAGAUCCAGACCUUGAGAUGAGGGAGGGGUGGGGGCGGUCUCAAUAAUUUUUUUUUCGGCCCUCAGUUUGGUCUAAAAACAAGGUGGGGGGGGAGGGGGUCUCCCCUCGAUCCCCCACUGGUUAAUGGUCGCUUACAGGAGGUGGCAGCCGAAGAGAAUUGAACCAGAGGGAGUCUCUUCCAAGAAGAGGUCCGUCCACUUCUACUUUUGGGAAGGGAAUCAAUACGUGUAAUUUUUAAGUAAUGAUAUUUGUAAUAGAGAGUUUAAGAUUCACGUUUACGCCAAACGGCAAACGUCAGAUUCAAGUUGAGAAUUUCUCAGAAUAAAAAAUAAGCAGAUGAAAACUGUCCAGAACAAUUCUUAUGUAUAAAACUGGCGUGAAACUACUUAUUUUUUAGUAGAAGUAAUAAACAGUUAACGACAACUGAGGGAAAAGCUUUGGCACGUGGUACAAAUUCACGUUUGCUGUUAGGCGUAUACGUUAUAGAGAGUUUAAGAUUCACGCCAAACCGCAAACGUCAGAUUUAAGUUGAGAAUUUCUCAGAAUGGAAAAUAAGCAGAAAAAAACUGUCCAGAACAAUACUUAUGUAUGAAACUAGCGUGAAACUACUUAUUUUUUAGUUGAAGUAAUAAACAGUUAACGGCAAUUAAGGGAAAAACUUGGUCACGUGUUACAAAUUCACGUUUCCCGGGAGGCGUAAACGUGAAUCUUAAUCUCUCUAUUUUCAUGUUGUCACUUAAAGUUGCUCGUAUACUCUGAGUAGUCUAUGUAGUACAUACAGUGAAAUGGGGAUCAGGCUGUGAAUCAAGUGGUCGCUUACAAGAGGUUAAAAUGGUAGAAAACUUUAAAUCGUCACCCCACCCCUCCCCCCUUCGCAAAAGCGGUCGUUGCUUACGAGAGGGUCCAAGUUCACUGGAAAACCUUUUUGUGUUUUAAAUUGGUUGUCGCUUAUAGGCGCUGGUCGCUUAUGAGAGGUGGUCGCACGUGGAGGUUCGCCUUUCCGACCCACGAAAUUAGUUAGACUUUACAGUUCUUGUGAUUAUCCAUGUUCCCCUGCUAGUUUUUCUGCCAACAGAGUUAAUUAUGGAAGUAGGUGAUUUGGGACGUGUAGCUUGAUUUUCUCAGUCAUUCACGUUAAUCCAGUUCGUGACGUACCGGAAGAACGGGUGGCGUGGACCAGGAGCCCAUAACCUAGACUGAAGGACUCCUUAUUUCGCUCGGAACACGUGACCCGACAAAUUUGGCUCCGCGCGAAAUAGCGAAUCCUAGAGGCUGGGCAAGAGUUAGGGAAGAUGCCGUCAUAUACUUUAAAUUGCGACUGGGCUAUGGUAGCUUGCGGGAUCUGUUGCUUAAAGCCAGGGGUAAACGGACGCAAC